AUGAUUUGGUUUCUUUGGCCAGGUCGUAUUUAUUUAGAGAAGUGUGGUGAAUCUGAGCUUCGAAAGGCUGGGGAAUGCUUUUCUCUGGCAGGGUGCCAUGAGCUUGCUGCUGAUGUUUAUGCAAAAGGGAAUUACAUCUCAGAAUGUCUUACUGCUUGUUCCAAAGGAAAAUUAUUUGAGAUGGGUUUGAAUUACAUUAAAUGUUGGAAACAAAAUACAACAAAUGAGUGCAGUACUGCAGAGAGAAGCGAUGAAAUCGACAAAAUUGAACAAAUGUUUUUGGAGAAAUGUGCUUUAUAUUAUUUUGAGAUCAAAGAUAAGAGGUCCAUGAUGAAAUUUGUUAAAGAAUUUAAUUCUAUGGAUUCAAUUCGGAAUUUCUUGAAUCCAUUGUGCUGCUUGGAUGAACUUUUGCUGUUGGAAGAAGAAAAGGAAUAUUUCAUAGAAGCUGCAAAUAUUGCCAAGCUUAGAGGUGAUACAUUACGCAGGGUGGAUCUAUUGGGAAAAGCCGGAAAAUUUAAAGACUCAGCUAAUCUUUUACUUUUUCAUGUGCUUGCUAAGUCCCUCUGGUCACCAGGUAACAAUGGCUGGCCCUUAAAGCAGUUCAAAGAAAAGGGCGAUCUCUUAAGAAAAGCAAAAUCACUUGCCAGGAAUGAUACUUACAGUUUUUAUGAGAUUGUUUGCACUGAGGCUGAUAUCAUUGCAAAUGAAGAGAGUGAAUUGAUAACCGUCGUGAAUCAGAUGAUUACUUCUGAGAGGCACAAUAGUGUUACCGGCGAGAUUCUAUCGGCUAGAAAAGUUCUGGACAUGCACCUUUCUUUAAGAACCAAGUACUAUUGGAAAGAGGAACUGGUUACUGAUGUUAUGAAGCAUUCAGAAGACAUGAUUUUUAAGAACGUGUCAAUAGAAUCACUUGUGUACGUUUGGAAUAUUUGGAAGGACAAGAUUGUUGGUGUAUUUGAAUCUCUUAGAUGUCUUGAGACCCCAAAAGUCAAUAAGUUCAGAAAUUAUGGAGAGUUCUGCUUGAACUAUUUAGGUGUUUGGAAUUGGAGGGAUUUCAGUAAUUCGAAUCCGAUAUUUGGUCUCCUAUACCCUGAGGCUGAGUGGGCGAAGAAUAUUGAUAAAAGAUCAUAUAGUGAUCCUGACAGAAAAAGUAGAAGAAGAUCAAAUAGUGGCAAGUUGGCAUCUAUUGAAUUGCACCAGCUUGUUUCUGCGGCUCAGAGAUAUUGGUGUUCAGAGAUGGUUUCGGUUGGAGUCAUGGUUUUGGACAGACUCCAAGGUCUUUAUGACUUUCCAAUCCAGAAUUGUGAUGUAAUUUUCUACAAAAGCAGGGCUCUUACUCUGAUCUAUGAGGUUGCAACAUUUCUUUUGGAUGAAAAAAUUCUGAAGUUGAGGCAUCAUGAGUCUGAGAGUCUGUUAAAGUACAAUUAG